AUGAAUUACAAAUAAAGGGAUGCCCCAUCCUUUUUGAAUAAAUAUCUAUAAAGAGAUGUAAACCCUAAGAGACCUUUUGAGAGCUAAAAUAAAUCUUAUUAAAAAUAUGAUGUAUCUCCAUUAAUAAAGCAACCUGUUAGAAAAACAUUAGAGUUGAAUUUUUCAAGUUUGGAAGAACAGUCAUUAAAAAAAUAAACUGUCUUACCUAACUAUGAACCAACAAAAUGUUCAUCAGGUCGAAAUGGAAUAAUUAGAGGAUAUGCUGCAAAUACUAAUUAAGGAAUAGUUAGAGAUUAUAAUGAAGAUAGAGUUUCUAUAAUAUUAAAUAUUGUGAAACCAUAAAAUAGAGCAACAGAAAAUUGGCCAAAAUGUUCAUUUUUUGGAGUUUAUGAUGGACAUGGAGGAGCAGCUUGUGCUGAUUUUUUAAGAGAUACAUUACACCAAUUUGUAAUAAAAGAGCCUGAAUUUCCAUGGAAUCCUGUAGGAGCAAUAAAAAAAGGAUUUGAAGCAGCAGAAAAUCAUUUUUUAGCUUAUGCUUUAGAUUAAUACUCAAAAGGUAUUCCAGAAAGAAGUGGUUCUUGUGCAAUAGUUUGUUUAAUUGUAGGAGAUGUUUGUUAUGUUGCUAAUGUUGGAGAUAGUAGAGCUGUACUUAGCUCUUAAUAAGGUAAAAGAGUGAAUAAUUUAUCAAUUGAUCAUAAACCAGAAACUGAGGUUGAAAGAAUUUAAAAAGGAGGAGGAAAAAUAUAUUAAACAUAAGGAAUUAAUGAAGAAGGAACAUAAGUUACUGGACCAGUUAGAGUUAUACCAGGNAAAAUUGAAUUAAAUUACAACAUUAAUAACUUGAUAAAAAAAAAAGAAAUCUAAUAAUUUGGAAUGUAUGAAUAUAUAAAUAGGUGA